UUGUUUGUGUGUCAGAGUGUGACCCCACACACCUGACAGUCAACUCUGAUCAUAUUUGGAUUGUUUCUGCGAAGCAGUGCGCGCGCAGAUUUCGGAACCAACGUACCGGAAGUAGAAAGCUAACCGGCUUGGCGAGGCUCUCACAUCAACUGAUCAUCAUGCGGUCUAAGAGAAAAAAACCGAAUUUGUUAGCAGAAGAAACCAUACUUAAGAAUAAAGAUUUAGAAGGAUUCAAGAUGGAUAUCAUACCUCCAAAAGGUCGAGGAGUAAGAACAACAAUUGAGAGGUGUAAAGGAGACUUUUUGCUUGCCUAUCAUGGGGAGUUAAUCAGUGGAGAAGAAGGAAUGAAACGAGAAAAAAAAUCUGACUCUGUGUUCAGAUACUUCUUUUUCUUUAAAGGAACACAAUGGUGCAUUGAUUCCACUUUAGAAGUUGAUAGUGGCCAGUGGAUGGGGAGACUUGUCAAUCACGGAACACAUAGGGAACAAAACUGCAAGAUGAGAUGCAUUGAAGUUAAUCAGGUUCCAAAACUAUGUCUUUUUGCAAUUAGAGAUAUCCCGGCUGGCGAAGAACUCUUAUACGACUAUGGAGUAGCAGAUCUGCCAUGGGAGGUUUGUUUAGCAUUUUGAAUUAUGUAAUUUUAUUUAACAUAUUACAGAGUAAAUGUACCAGUGUAACUGUAAGUAUAAACAGAGCCACUGAAUUUUAAAACUUCAUAUUGCUGAAAA